AUGACCUUUCCUGAAUGCUACAUUUCUGCCGACAAUAAUGCAAUAGAAGCCAUUGAUUUUCAGAAGGCUGUCAACAUCUUUCGUGACAAAGUUUCAGAUUCCGAGCUGUUCAAUUCAUGCGCAAGGAAACUGUUGAGUACCUGUGAGGCAAAUGGAACUUUCCAAGCAAUCUAUAAAGCAAGAGAGCUAGCUGUGCAAAUGCUUCUUGAGACGAUCAGGGGAGAAAAACAUCACAAAGAUGUCAAAUCAAGAACUUCCAGUCAGGUGAACAAAAGCAAAGAGAUUGAAGCCCUUGAAUGCCUGCUGCCCCAAAAUGCUUGUCGCGAGAGUGAUCGAAAGGAACUCCUCUCGGUCUAUUAUGAGUUUGUUCACUCUGAUCCAGCAGUCAUCUUCAACUACUCCAAGAACAUGAUUUUCUUCUUCAAAGAUGUGCUCAAAUCAAACAUCCCUCCUCGACUUCAAAGCUUUGUCACCCAGUAUGAAGGGAUUGACUUAAAAAAGCUUACCAUGCUUGGUGAAAAAUUGAAAUGGGACGAUCAUGACUUGAUUUGCAACGCAAUUCUCCAUCCUCAGGUGGGAACCUUUCGUCACAUGCUCGUACAAUUUCGGGAUGACAUUCUUGAUAAGACGGCAGAGCAUUGCUGGCCACAGAUAGAUUCUUUGUCACAGCUUGCCCCAAUCUUGUCAUUCCUCGGAGAAGUUUGUCCGACAAGAGAUUCGUUAGAAAGAAAGUUGAAAAACUUGAGAGUUAUGAUCAUUGCCAACAGAAACUUAGCUCGACCCGUCGCUUUGCUUGAUUCUCUAUCGCACACGGUAUACGAGAUGUGCAAUGCGUCGCAGCCAGACGCAGCACUAGCGGCUGUGUGCAAGAUAUUGAAAUCUCAGAUCUUGAUCAAUGUGGCAGAGGCAAACCUCUCGAUGAAUCAGCUGGUUCAGUUGUUUCAGUUGGUCGAUUCUCCAGACUUGAUUGCAAGGAAGAAUUUCAGAAUCCUACGACAGAGCAAGUUUGUGAUCGACAUGGAAAGACUUGCGUCCUUUGCCAGUGAGCCUUUUGAUGAGGGCCAAGCAGGCUUGGUUGUUUCUCUAGAGACUGGAGAUAGCGACAGCAAAUUUCGCCUACUGGGAGGUCGCGUGUGGACUAGGAUAGUCGGGCAAGACAUGUUUGCUUUGUUCACUGAGGUGAUAGUUCAGAUCAACUCGGAGAAAGAAUUGAACCCAUCGGUUGAGGACCCAGAACUGGACAAAAUGAUUGUCAGCAUCGAAGAAAUGCAAGCCCGUGCCCAUGAGGUUUUGAAACUUGCGAAUGUAUUCCUUGAAUAUUUCAAACUUGGCUGGAGCUACAAAUCAAGUGGAAAGAUAGAUUUCAACUGCGUCCAACCCGAGCAGUAUAGAUUGGGUGCGCUAAAGAUUAUGCGAGAGAAGAGACCUGAGGACGAGAUCUCGUCAAAGAACUUCAUCUCGAGUGAGAGCAGAAACCUCAGAGACAUCUACCUCCGAGCCCGCGACCGCUUCCCUUGGACGUCAUUCUGUUUUCGUAGAGACGUGAUGACCAUGAAAGACACUCCUUGGGUCAAACUUGUCAACGGCAUAGCAUCGACCUAUCCGGACGAAUCUUGCGAUGCUCCUCCUGCACCCACUCAACUGGAAGGUGAAUUGUUUCACUGGCUGACCUCAAAGAGCAAAGCUAGCCUUGGGUCCGUGGAGUCAAAAGCAAAGUUCGAGGGCUUUCCCUUGGAUGCAAUUCGCUCCGGGAGUCGUAUCUGGUUGGCAACAAGCGUGAACGAUGACAUGAUGACUGUAACGCUGUCGAUGCUCCAGCUGUUGGCAGUCAACUACCCCCUGGAAACCUCCCUCCUCCCAUGCGACUGCUCGGUCACUCACGAAAGUUUUCAAGGCCUAAUUUGGAGGAUUGAAGCAGCGUCUGAGCUGGUAGAUAGAGAUGCAGAAUACUUUGAAGUUGCUCGCGUUCUCCUAUGCCAAGGCGGAGUUGUUAUCCACAGGCCUGAGACAUUAAAGCACACCAUCCAAGAUCUGCUGGUUUCAGCGCUGCUCAGGUACAUGACUUGUUGUUCACGAUCGUCGAGGGUCUACCCGGUCAUCGCCUUGAUUCUUCCUGAGGGCAGCAGUCGCUUUCAAACGAUUCUCAGGUCCAUGGUGGAAGUGAGGAUGGUGAACACGUCAGAGUUGAUAGCCAUGCAAGAGGAGUCGAUGGUCACUUGCACCAACGUGAAGUCAGUGGUGGUGAUGCCGACUGUCAACUCAGCCCUAGGACGACGACCAGACGAUCAUCUUGUCCCUAGCGACACGUUCAGAGUGCAGCUAUCCCAUGAGAUGACCAUCCAGGACCUCGUGCGAGUCAUCAAGCAGAGAUCUGACGACGACAAGCCGAUCUCUCUUGACUUUGGAAGCAGCUUCGCAUCCUUUGCGAAUGGAUCUUUAUCUGGAGUCAUCAUCUCAUACUUCUUGUGGGGGGUGGUAGGGCAGCUUCACUUGCAGCCGAUAGUACUUCGACAUGCCACCUCCUUGUACGCAGAGAUAGUUUGCGAUGACAGCAGCUCCCUCAAAAGGAGGUUCCCGAUCCUCAAGCUUGUGCCUCCGCAACGGAUUUCGGUCAUUUCACCUUUCGUGAUCAAUUUGGAUGAUAGCGUUUCAAAUUUGAGUCCAAGUUUUCAUCAGCUUGUUCAGUCAUGCACUCACCGCCCAGUGUAUGAUCGAGAUGUUAUGAGAGCCAUGCAGGCGUUGUUUGAAGUCAACUCAGAUGCUGGCAGCCCCAACAAACAACCAUUGCCCUUCGUCUACACUCCUCUUGCCCUGACCAUCAUCAGCAAAAUAGCCUUGCAGGUCAAACAGGCCUUCCAGGCUGAAGCGACAGGAACCUUUCCUGUCUUGCUCAGCGGUGACACAGGAACCGGCAAGACAUACCUCUUGUACAAGUUCCUGGAGCUUCUCAUGGGGAGUGGUGUGCUGGAAAACCUGAGUGACACAGUUUCAAUCUACACCCUUUCAGCAAGAUUCAAAACCCGAGAGAUUGAAGAACUUGGGCUGGAAAUUAAGAAGGAAGCGUUCAACAAGAGUGCAGGAAAGUCCAAGAGACGGGAAGUGCCGAUGGUGAUCCUAGACGAAGUCACGAGCAGCCCAGCCCAAGAAGCCAUCAAGCGCCUCAUGGCAAACCGAGAGAUCAAGAACGGAGUGUCGAACCUCACUCGGAUCAAGCACAAUGACCUCAUCCUGCUGGGUACCUGCAACCCUGACCCGGUGCGAGACGACGUCUUCUCCCUCUCCCAGGAGAUGGAAACAGUCAAGAUCGACGUACAGAACCUUGACGCAGGUGUCAGGAGAAAGUUCAUCGAAGAGCGACUGCAAGACAGAGAGUACGGGCUAAAGUUGCCGAAUGCUGAAACCUUUAGGAAGGCAGUGGUGCUGAUAGAAACUUCCUUCAUGGCAGAUGAACAGAACGCCUCCUUCAUAGGCUGCGUCUCUUUGCGCGAUGCUGUCCGGUGCAUCUCGCUGGCUAAGAAAGCUCUCUACCACUGGCCCGAUUCCUGCGGCAAGUCAAUCUUUGAAAUGCUCUCGCUCAGCGACCUGACGGUAGAUGACGAGCUGAGGGCGCUGGGACUGUCUUGCUACAUCUGCUUUGGAAUUCGAACCAUCCCCCGAGCCGCCUUCUUUGAGCGGGUGGAAGCCAAGACCGGCAUCGAACUGGAGCAUAUCAUCUGCACAUUUCAAGACUCGAUAUUGAACGAGCUUGCUAUCCCAUCCAAUGUAGUCAAGACGCAAGCGCUCAAGGAGAACCUGACAGUAUCUGUGAUAUGCCUGGCCCUUAGACACCCGCUCCUCUUGCUCGGCUGCGACGGCACAUCCAAGACGCUCUCCUUGAACAUGGCGAUCUCUCAGAUGCAGGGCAAGUUCUCCAAGUCGACUUUCCUUCAGGGGAUAUCGAGGAUGCAGAGUUUCAACAUUCAGCUAUCGGAGGCGACCAGCGCCUCUCACAUAGCCAAGAUCAAGAGCACGGUCCUCGACUGGGAGAAGAAGUCCAAGUUGUCAGUGCCCUGCAUCUUCAUGGAGGAGCUGAGCAUGGCGAAGAUGGGAUCCAGCGGGCCCCUCCGGGCGCUGCACGACGUGCUUGACGCGCAUCAAGACACGGCAGGAGCUCAGGCAAGACAUGAGAUAGGGUCUGGGUCGAACCCCUUUGCCUUCGUUGCCACGAGCAACUACAAACCUGGCACCAACCAGAUCCCCAUCGGUCGAGCUCUUGCGAACAGGAUGAUCGUCUUGGCUCACCCUGACCCAUCACUAGAGGACCUGAAGUCCCUGGCUGUCCGGGUGGGGAUGAACGAGUCCAGCUCCAGCUCCAGCUCCAGCUCCAGCUCUGGGGAUCUCAACUCCAACGACGACGAGAGAGUGAAAGAGAUCAUCGAAAACGCCAUCGACCGUCUCUCUGUGCUGGUUCCGCACUCUGUUUCUGUUCGCUCCCUCCUCAGCUUCGCGCGAUGUUUGGGGAUGCAGCUCUCCAGGGGCAACGACGAGCUCGAGUCCUGCUUGCUCGCGGCCACUUGCCACCUGCAGAAGAUCAACCCAGAGGAGACGAGCAAGGUCCUGCGAGCGGUCAUGGGGAAUGAGCGAUACGAGCUUCCUAGCCUUGCCUCCGUGUUGGAGAGUUUGGCAGGCCUCAACGGCACGAAACGGCCGAUCAUGUUCCUUUAUCAGUCAGUGGGUGACAUCUACACAAUCAUUCGGCACGUGAGGCAGGCGAUACAGAAGCAGAUGAAACGAUCGCAAGAGGACAGGACCCAGAAGGUGGUUGGUAUAUGCCCAUGUAGCUCAAACAAGAGCACUGAAGGGAUGCCAUCGUCGGAGAAAGACUCACUGCUGCCAGAGAGACUGUACGCUCUGCUCAAUCUCAAGUCGAGCGUUGAAGCUGGUGGGACCACGUUCUUGCUGAACCCGGAGCCGAUGCUGCAAGGCAUGCACGCGCUGCUGAAUGACUUUGAGCAGAGCCAUUCGACCCUGCAGAUCAACGAGUGCAACGAGAACGUGUCCAUCAACCCGACCUCUCACAUCAUCCUCCUCGUCCACUGGGAGUCUUCGCUCAGUUUCCACAGCGCCCUCCUGUCUCGCACUGCGAUCGUGAACCUCGAGAUGUUCGGAAGGUCGGGGAGGCGCGUGUGGGACAGCCCCUACUCGAGGAUCCUGGACUUGUACGCAAAGCAACGAGGGCUCAUGGAUGCAGGACAAAUGGACAAAGAAAUCGAACUGCUGGAGGAGUUAGAGACGCCUUUGGAUAGCUUCAUUCGCUCCAUCGUGACUGGUGAGGGUCAGUACUAUCAGCAAACUAGAGCAAAGCUCACGUUUAUCUUCGUUGACAACAUCUUGCCUUGUUUCGUCUGUCGCAACAGUAACAUCCUAGCUGUGGACGGGGCUCGACACGACACCCAGUCCUCACUGCUGGAGGCCAUACAGAACGGCGUCAAGUCCUUGGCAAACGACCUAACAGAGCAUGUGUGCCUGAUGAUUGAUCUCUCGUCCUCGGACUCUAAGAACGCCAUCGAAGUUCUUGCGCUCUUGGGUUUCUCAGGUUUCACAUUUCGCGUGUCUGCCAAGCCCUCGCUCUCGCAGCAGUUCAUGAAACUCAGCGCGAAAGAGAGCAAGAGAGUCGUCGUCAUCCUCAACUCCUGCCUCGCGCGGUCCUUCUCUUGCGGAAGAUGCUCAGCAUGGAAGGAGCCCAACGCGCCGAUGCUGGAGCACAUCAUGAAGCACUACUUCAUUCGAAACAUCUCCAUCCCAUACCCUGACUGGCCAUCCAUCUCCGACAUUGCAAAAGAUCCUUCUACCUUGUUUCUGAAGUUUGUCGCAACGGUGCAUGACAGGAUAACAGAGACGCAUGCGAUGCCCAAGACUCCCAACAAGGCAGAGUUGCUCCUUGAACUGUGUAAGACCCUCGCAACGAGCUUGGUAGGGGAGGACGACCUGAAGAACCUCCUCUUUUGUCCUUACCAAGACCUCGUGAACCUCACUGAGCUUCGUCCUCUCCAAGAGAUCCAAGAGAGUCGCCUUCAGACCUUCAGCAAGGUAGUGCAGGAAGUCAGGAGGACGAGAAGCGCUCUGUCGCUCAGGUCAAGUCUAGUCGAGCGAUGCUUGCAGCUUAGCGAGGUCGUGGCAGCCAAGAUAGUCUCCAAGGUGUCAAAGGCCUGCCUGUUCCCUGACAAACAGAGGUUGUCGUAUAUCCGCGCCGUCUUGUCUUCUCAAGUGUUCCCUUGGCAACGAGAUCUGAUCCGCGCCAGCAUGGGAGGAAGAGCGAUGCUGUCUGUCGCAAGCCCCUUCCUUGUGCCGACCUCUCCGUCCGUUCAGUUCCUCCCCUUCGUCGCCGACAUGCUCGAAGUUGUGCUGAGAGGAGAAGUAGGAUACAUGGAAGGCCACCUGGACGUUGAGACGAUCCGGGGGCGUAUACAGCUGUCCUUCCCUUCGCUGCUGGGGUUGGAGCUGGGCGAGAUCUUCCCUGACUUCAUCCGAGAGGUUAUCUUGUACGUGGCGAGGAAGCACAACCUCGGCAGCAAGGGAUGGCGGGACUCCUUGUCUUGUCAGUGGCUGGAAGCUGCAUCCCAAGGGGAUCUAGCUCGGGCCAUGUGGGUUUUGAUCAAUUUCGAGUCAUGGAUAGCAGCAGGAACACUCUUCUGCUGCCCCCCCGACCCGCACAGCAACUCGGGCAGGCGGCAAGAGGACGGUAAGGAGGACCGUUACUUGCUCGUUGAAAGUCUUGUGCGGAAGAUUGUUGAAAUGAUGAGACAGUCAAAUCAGCAGCGAGAUGGGAACAUGAUCAGGUUUCACGCCAUCUUGCCUCGACUCAUCAAGUUUGCGAUCGAGAACUUGCUGAGCAGUAGCCGAAAGUGUCACAGUGACGCAAACUUGUCCUCCUUGUAUCAAGUGACUCUUCUCUGGCAAUUAAAACAGAUGAGCGACGGCUCUACUGUCAAAGCUGCGUUCCAUCAAUCGUGCGAGGUGAUCUUUGACAAGAAACUUGACAACUACCUCAACGGCUUUGAGACCAACACACUGCAACUGCUGUCGAGCGUCUUUCUCAGGUGUCACGAGAUUAAAGAUCUGCCGGAUAAAUCAAUCGCUCGGGUUGUCAACAAGCUGGGAGUAGAGCACGGAGGCCCGUCGUUCCUGGCGUCAUGUGCUAGGAUCAAGAACUCCGACAUCCAGGUCUUUCUCAGCUACCUGGACUUGAGCUUUCAGAGGUCCAAGGUACAUCAGGUCCAUGAAGUUGCUCGCCGAGAGGAGACGAGGGUGGUUGCGAGAGGACUCCGCUACUUCUUCCAAGCGACAGGUUGGAGUGUCGACGCUCUGGUCUACUUCAUAAUUGAGAACCGACAUGCUGCCGCUUCUCCCUGGGCUGCCAUGUACCUUGCGCUGAGCUCCAUCCUCAUACCCAGUCUCGUCCAGGACGAGAGUUUCUUGUCGCAGAUCAAGGGAGAGCAGGCGACCGCGGCCGUCCAAUGGAAGCAGCUGUUUGCCCCGAGCUACAGCCUCCCGGUCAAGAACUUUCUCAUCCGCUGCCUCGUCUCAAGGUUUGACGAGCGUGGGAUGUAUCGGCUCAAGGACUUGCCGUCUGCCGUGGGCGAAUGGGCCCGGCCGUACGUGAAGAAGUUCCUGUCUGAAAGCUUCCAGGAGCUCAGCGUGCUGCCCGACUUCAUGGAGCAUCUGGAGCACGCGGAGACAGACUCCCCCUGGCUCUAUGCCCUGACUAGGAGCUGCUGCUCUCUUAGGAGGACCCCAGCAGAAAGCCUGACGGGAGAGCAGACCUCCAUGCUCGACGCCAUGAGGAGCUCUCUCGAGGCGGACAUGGACUUCUGCUCCGCUGCUGCCGCGCUGUGGUGCGCGAUCCUGGUGAUCGUCCAUGACGGCACAGUGCUGACGAGCGCAAGCUUCACGCAGGAGCAGAACCUGAGCAGCCUGUGCCUCCCUGCUGCUCCUGACGGCAACCUGGAGACCAUCCAGAAGUACAAGGAGAUGAUAGGCGUCACCUCCAUCAACCGCUGCCCCUGCGGUUACGUCUACGGCAUCGGAAACUGCGGCAGGCCCGACCACCAGGGACGCUGCCCGGAGUGCGGGCAGGCGCUGGGAGGAAACAAUCACCAGUGGGCGAACAACGUCAGCCACACGCUCACCGGCAUCGCUGACGAUACAGUGCGAGGGGUUGAGACGUCCUGGUGCUUCGCUGGCCCGAGCUACACUGAGCGGGGCCUCCAUCCGAUGGAGUACAGGCUGCUGUCUGUGUUGCUGCUGAUCCCUCUUGCUGUGUGGAGUCCAAGGAGGGGGGAGAGGAGGGAGCAGCUGGCCAAGCACUGGGCAGAGCUCAGGGCUGCCUGCGGGCUGAGCAGCGACACGGAGACGCAACUGUUUGUCAUCGGGGUGAUGAAACGAGCAACGAUGAUGAACCGCUCCGACUUCGCGUUCACCGGGCGGAGCUUCCACGACAAGAACGACCGCCAGGCGCACGAGAAAGCCUUUAGCGAAACAUUCCAACGCGUGAUGGGCGGGGAGACAUGUCAGGUGGUGAUAGCAGAGGCUUCAAGACUCAUCCAGAGCAAAGUUGAGGAGCAGUCUCCCUUCAUAGAGCUGCGCGACUCCCGCAUCCUUGCCAUGGACCAGGAGCAGGCCAGCCGAUGCUUCGCUCCUCAGGUGCUGCAAGUCGUGACGACUCGGUGGGAGGAGGAAGGAGACGAGAGGCUGAUGAGCAUCCGGCUGGCGGUGACGCGAGAGCCAGACAGCUUCCCGGUGCUCGCGCGAUGUCUCUUUGACCGCAACUCCAGCGACGUAUCGGAGGAGCACGCUCAACGGCUCGACCUCGACCUCAACCGCAAACUCUCUUGCUUCCCCAGCCUCGCCAAAGGCCUCUGGAGGGUCGGGGCAGCCGCUGCAGGCAUGCAGGACCCGCCUCUCGCCAAGAAUGCUCUCGAGUUCAUUGAGUCUUGGAUAGGAGACGCGGAUGAGCUCCAACAGUUCAAGCUCAGCUGGGAGGUCUGCCGGUUCGGGCAUCGCAUCGGAUGUCAGAUCGUGUCCGACGUGGGCGACCUCUCUGCCCUACAAGUGCGAGACCUGCUGUGGGUGGCGGAUAGUCCAGCUGAGGUCGGGCUGUCGCGGACUGAGCUGCUGCUGCAAACUCUCACCGACGCGCACAACCAGCAAGUCGAGCUGCUGUCACGAGGCGACUCGAGUGAGCCCGGGGAGGGUCGAGGCUUCGACGUCUCCCUGUCGACCUGGGAGACGGUCGAGCGUCUCCCCACGUUCCUCAUCCCCUGGGACGAGGCAAGGUCCGUGAUCGAGAAGUUCUGCAGAGAAUGUCCCAACGCGCACGUGGAUGCGUCAUCCCUUGAGUCGAUCGCCCACCAGUGGAUCUCGCAGCGAGUCUCCUUCCUCCGCCUCCUCCUCAAUGGAUGGCCCAGGUUGCAGGUGCUGGACGAGAGCAGCGGGCAAGUGGCGGGGUGGAUGAAGGAGUAUGGCCUCAGGAGAGAUGUCGUCGUCGCCAGCGUCCGCCUCCUUGACCGCAUGGCCCAGCUCUUCGGGAGCUCCUCCGUCUCGGGGGAGGCGCCGCUGGUCCGGGACAGCCUAAAGAGCAUGAAGCUCGAGAGCGAUGUCCCUGCGCUGCUUGGGAGCAUCCUGGAGGCAGGAGCCGGGCUGAAGCUGAAGUUCAAGCACUUGAAGGCGCUGCAGGAGUGCCUACUGGAUCAGCUGGACUACCGGCAGGAGGAAGCUCUUGCGGGGGAGUACAGGCACAAGUACGAGGGAGAGGAGCUGAGGGAGGUGGUGAAGGGGCUGGAGGCUGACGUCAUCAAGUACGCGUUCGACAAGUCGGUUGCACUGUGUGAGAUGGUGAGCCGGAACCUCUACAGCCACACGGACCCCAUCCAACUCUACCUCCCUUACGCCCAGCUGCCCUAUGAGGAGGACGACAGCGUCGAGCUGGAGACAGGUUUCUCCUUCAUCUUCUCCCAGCCCGUUCAGCUCAGGCACCUGUACGGCCUCACCUGCGCCCUCCGCGAGGCUUACAAUGAACUUCGUUGA